UGCGUCAUGACGUCAUAAACCUGCUUCAUUCCUCCAGCUGCAGCCAGCAGCGUUUCCGGUUUCUGACCAACAGUGAAAACAAGAGAAGAAGAGAAGCUAACGUUAGCCUGAUGAGCUAACCUCCUCCUGCUCCUCCUCCUCCUGCUCCUCCUCCCGGCUCUCCAUGGCCCGGCUCCUCCUGCCGCUGCUGGCCGGCCUGCUGGCUCCUUUUCCGGCCGCCGCAGAGAGAAGCUCCGCUGCUGAUGACGGAGCUCCUCCAUCAAAGAUCGCCGUGGUCGGCGCGGGGAUCGGGGGCAGCGCCACCGCUCACUUCCUGCGGCAGCACUUCGGGCCGGAGGUCCAGCUGGACGUGUUUGAGAAGGGCGAGGUGGGCGGCCGGCUCGCCACCGUCACCGUCAACAACCAGGACUACGAGUCGGGAGGCUCCAUCAUCCACUCGCUCAACCUCCACAUGCAGGAGUUCGUCAAGCAGCUCGGGCUGAAGUACCGGCGCAGCGUGGCGGGGAAGACAGCGGUGUUCAACGGCGAGGAGGUGAUCCUGGAGGAGACGGACUGGUACCUGCUGGACCUGUUCCGCCUCUGGUGGCGUUACGGCAUCAGCUUCAUCCGGCUGCAGAUGUGGGUGGAGGAGAUCAUGGAGAAGUUCAUGAGGAUCUAUAAGUACCAGGCCCACGGCUACGCCUUCAGCUCCGUGGAGCAGCUGCUGGACUCCCUCGGGGGGAGUGGCUUCAUCAACAUGACCCGCAGGCCGCUCUCUGAUUCGCUGCUGGAGCUGGGCGUGUCACAGCGCUUCAUCGAUGAGGUCAUCGAGCCCGUCAUGAGGGUCAACUACGGGCAGAACGUCAGCAUCCCCGCCUUCGUAGGAGCCGUGUCCUUAGCUGGAGCUCAGAAUAACCUCUGGGCGGUUGAAGGAGGAAACAAGUUGGUAUGUUCUGGUCUGCUGAAGAUGGCCAACGCCAACCUGCUGCAGGCUGCAGUCACCUCCAUCUCACCUGUCCACUCAGGCGAGGCGCCUCAGUACCAGCUGAGCUUCUCCUCAGGGUCGGAGACGGCGUCGGAGCUGUACGACAUCGUGGUGUUGGCGACGCCGCUGCAGGCCAGCGUGCAGUCGGGAGUCCGGUUCCAGGGUUUCACGCCUCCCCUCGACGAGCUGCCGGGCAGCUACCACGGCACGGUGGCCACCAUCGUCCACGGGUACCUCAACACCUCCUUCUUCGGCUUCCCCGACCCCCGCCUCUUCCCCUUCGCCAGCGUCCUGACCACCGAGACGCCCGACCUCUUCUUCAACAGCGUGGCGAGCGUUUGUCCCGUCAACAUCUCCACGGGGUUCCGGAGGAAACAGCCACAGGAGGCCGGCGUCUACAAGGUGUUCUCACCGCGACCGCUGGACAAGACGCAGCUCAAGACUCUGUUCAGGUCGUACUACUCGGUGCAGGUGACCGAGUGGCAGGCGUACCCGUGUUACGGCAGCGGGUCGGGGCUCCCCGCGGUGGAGCUGCAGGCCAACCUGUACUACCUGAACGGCAUCGAGCUGGCGGGCAGCGCCAUGGAGAUGAGCUCCGUGGCGGCCAAGAACAUCGCCCUGCUGGCCUACCACCGCUGGAACCGGCAGACGGACACGGUGGACCAGAAGGACCUGAUGCACCGCAUCAAGACUGAACUAUGACCUCAGACUCAGUGUUCUGUUGGUUCAGAGACACGCCAGAGUAAUCUAUUACUGGACGACACGCUGCUUUAUCUGCAACUUCUAACUAACGUUUUCUAAAUUAAAGCGAAUAAACUCUG